UAUAAUUCUCUCAUUCUCUUAACUCAUUCUUAAGUCUUCAGUCUUUUACCAACCUAGCCUAAUAGCCACAUUCUUCACUUUUUAUUAUCUGUUUGUUUUUUGUCUACAUCCUUUUGUUCUCUUGUUGUUUUAGUACUACUAGUAGCUCUAUUCUAUCUAUCUAUCAUGGAACACCAACAACAAAACCAACAGCACUAUCUUCACCAACAACACAUAGAAGAUGGUGUUGGCAGCAAAAACAACAACAACAGUAGCGGCAGCAACAGUUUCAUGUGCAGGCAAAGCAGUACGAGGUGGACACCGACAAGUGACCAGAUAAGAAUAUUGAAGGAUCUUUACUACAACAAUGGAGUUAGGUCACCAACUGCUGAACAGAUUCAGAGGAUCUCUGCUAAGUUGAGACAGUACGGAAAGAUUGAAGGCAAAAAUGUGUUUUAUUGGUUUCAGAACCAUAAAGCUCGUGAAAGGCAAAAGAAGAGGCUCAUUGCUGCUGCCUCUGUCAACGAUAACAAUAUUAAUAUUAAUAAUACCAAUAUCCCUGGCCCCAUGCAAAUGAUACCUCAUCUUUGGAGAUCUGUUGAUGAACACAAGUAUAACAACACUACUAAUCCAGGUGUUCACUGUCCAUCAGCUUCUUCACAUGGGGUACUCACAGUUGGACAGACUGGAAACUAUGGUUAUGGAACUUUGGCUAUGGAGAAGAGCUUUAGGGACUGUUCAAUAUCACCACCAGGUGGUAGCUCAAACGAAUCAUCAAUGAAUCAUCAUCAAAAUUUCACAUGGGUUGGAGUUGAUCCGUACAUGACAUGUCCAACAACUUACCCUUUUCUUGAAAAAAGUAGUAUUAACAAACAUUAUGAAGAAGAAACCCUAGAAGAAGAAGAGGAACUGCAAGAAGAAGAAAAUUACCACCCUGGCUUAGAAACUCUUCCACUUUUCCCUAUGCAUGAAGAGAACAUGAUAUCAAGUUUGUGCAGCAGUAGCAUUAAGCAUCAUGAGUCUUCAGGUGGAGGAGGAGGAUGGUACCACCACACUAACUCUGAUGGUUAUCAUAAUAACAACUUGGCUGCUCUUGAACUCAGUCUCAACUCUUUCAUUGGUAGAUCCCCUAAUUUCCCCUAAAUUAUUUGGAUCAUCAAUAUUUGCUUUCCUUUUGUGUCUUAUGUUUAGUACUAAACUAAUUUGGUGUGCCUAGUUAUGGACCAUAUGCUUGCUAAUGUUUAUUACUUUAUUUAAUAUUAAUCUUAGUUGUACUACUAAUGUUGUUUAUUAUAUUAAAGUACGGAAAGUCUAUUACUCUA